AAACAAACUUCGCAAUAUAUUUCCUGACAAGAAAUGCUAAAAUAUAGUAUCAAACUAGAAAUGUCAAUGAUAUAUGGAACGAAACGUAAAUAGAUUUUGAAAAAAGUGAUCUUGAACUUCGGAGAAAAUAACUUGAAAAAGUAUUUAUCGUAAAUAUUGUAAUGUGAUAAAUUAAAACAGUUUGCGUUGGUAUUUAUACAAUGUCUUCGCUAAGCAAACAGUCUACUUUAAUGAAUUUUAUAAAGAAAACAAAUGAAAAUUCUAGUUUAAACAAUGCAAGUGGUAGCAAAAGUGAGCAGGUCUCAGAAAAGAAACCAAGAUUUGUGUUUAAAUCUAAAUCUACAAGUUCUGGCAGCUGGACACCUCCAUUCAAAAAAAUUAAUGAUGAACCCAAGACAAUGACAGUGACGCCACCUAUACUUACAAAUGGACAUCAAGAGUCCACUCCGCCGGUAGCUAGGAGAACAACCUUAAACAACGGCAUAAGUCCUAUCACACAUAACUACACAAGGGAAGAUAAUCAAAGUAAUGAUAUAUUUGAAAUGGAUGUAGAUGAUAUCCAAAUACUUCCAAAGGUAAACAAACCAAAAUCUGCAUCUCGGACGCCAGAGAAAGCAAACAGAUCAAUUAGAAUAAGUUCCACACCGACCCCACCAAAGAACAGACCGGAGAAACCAAAUAACAAAAAGAAAAUAUUGAAGACCCCUGAGAAAGAGGGCGCCACUAUAGAUAAGGACCCACUGAAGAACAUUAUGGUGGAUAAAUCAUUAACAGGGUUUUUGGACAAGCUGGCUUCUCACUAUGACAAUGUCACAAGUUUAAAGGACGAAGUUGGUCCAAAACACAUGGAGCGAUCAAAAGAUCUGUACAUAGAGUUACUAGAGAAAAUAUUUCACGCCUUCGACAAAAUACCAAAUUGUAUAAAGGAAAAAUUUCCAGGGUACGACAAAAGGGUCUAUGCUAAAGUAAAACAGUAUCAAUAUAGGCUGAAGAAGAUAUUAGCAAGACCUAAGAAAAGUAGUUCACAACCGUCACAAGACAGUGAUACUAGACUUAGUAAUGGUGAUAUCAAUUUAAAUGGUAGUAGCAGUCCUUCUUUACUUAGUAAAUACGAAGAUAAUAAUGAUCUAGAUGAUUUUGACUUAACACCUAGUAUUGCAAAAUUAACAAAUAAACUCGGAAAUUUAAAUGGGACCAGUAUAUCAACUACAACAUCAACCCCUGAUGUAGCUUUAAGUAGUAAAGUACCAAGAAAUGGUUUGCUACCUAGACCAUCACUAUCAUUUGAUGGAUUUUCUCCCCUAAACAACUCAUCUAAACUAGAAACUAGCUGUCAAUCUGAAACAGAAAGUACAAGUUCAGAAGUAAAAGGCAAAGGGAAAUUCGUGUUCAAAAAGCCUUCAAGACUGACGUUAGAAGAGAACAAACCAGGACCUAGUAGCAUACAGUCCUCUACAGCAGAAAGGAUAAGGAAUGCUUCAGAAAAAUUGAAACCUGUACCUACGGUUGAAAGUCCUAAAUGUGCACCAGUUGCUCUAAGUUCUAUAGACUUUCAAGCGCCUCAAUUUAGCAAAUCUUCUUUGAUAAACAUGGACAGACCCAGUACAGAUUCUAAUAAAGAAGAAGAGAAUAGUGAUCCUAUGGAUGACUAUGAAGUACCAAUAGAUAUGGAUGAUGUGACUGACAUAAUGCCCGAAGCUUCACAGUCAGUUAUAAACAUCAGUGACUCGGUAGCCAGUGCAAGUAAUGUAGAUAAUCUUACUCAGUCGGAUAUACCAGUAGACGAAGAUGGCUGGCCAGUGUACAGGCCUGAAGAUUUUGAAGAGAAUGUUAAGGAAAGUGAUUUAGAUAGUCAAGUUUUGAAUCUGAUGGACGAGACGGUUGUGAAAGAAAAGACUGCUAAAUACGAAGGGAUGGGCGACUUCCAUGCUGGCACGCAAAACGAUGGCAUUACUGGUGAAUUCGACGGCCUAGAUUACCCUCACUCGGCGCUGAUGAUGGAGGUGUUCCAAGAACGAUUUGGCCUCAAAUCUUUCCGCCCCAACCAGCUGCAGGUUAUUAACGCCACGUUACUUGGACACGAUUGCUUCGUGCUCAUGCCCACUGGUGGAGGUAAAUCCCUCUGUUACCAGUUGCCUGCCAUAUUGAUGCCAGGUGUCACCAUAGUUGUAUCUCCACUCAAAUCCCUCAUUUUGGACCAGGUCAACAAACUACUGUCACUUGAUAUUCCCGCAGCCCACCUAUCAGGCGACGUGUCCCUGGCGGCCUGCGACGAGAUAUACCACAAGCUGUCGAUGCGGGAGCCCGCCAUCAAGCUGCUCUACGUCACGCCGGAGAAGAUCUGCAGCUCACCCAAGUUCCAGUCCAUGCUUACUAUGCUGUAUUCACGAGGGAAACUUGCGAGGUUCGUGAUAGACGAAGCUCACUGCGUGUCCCAGUGGGGCCACGACUUCCGUCCGGACUACAAGCGGCUGUCCAUGCUCCGCCAGCAGUUCCCCGAGGCUCGGCUGGCCGCGCUCACGGCCACGGCCACGCCUCGCGUGAGGCUGGACAUCCUGCACCAGCUGCACGUCACCUCCUGCAAGUGGUUCCUCAGCAGCUUCAACCGGCCCAACCUCGCGUACAGGAUAUUGGAGAAGAAACCCAAGUCCAUCAACCAAGAUAUUGCUACUAUCAUCAAGGAGAAGUUUUUCAGGAAAUCAGGCAUAGUAUACUGCCUAUCGCGCAAAGAGUGUGAGCAAUGCGCUACGGACUUGCGCAAGGCGGGAGUACAGGCGGCGCCCUACCACGCCGGCCUCAGCGACAAGAAGCGGGAGGAAGUACAGGCCGCCUGGGUCGCCGACAAGUACCAUGUGAUCUGCGCAACAAUAGCGUUCGGUAUGGGCGUGGACAAGGCGGACGUGCGCUACGUGAUCCACCACAGCCUGCCCAAGUCCGUGGAGGGCUACUACCAGGAGACGGGCCGCGCCGGACGGGACGGGGACCGCGCCUCGUGUCUGCUCUACUACUCCUACUGCGAUGUCGUGCGCUACAGGCGGCUGCUUGAUAUGGAACGCAACACGAGUCCAGAAGCGCGGCGUGUCCACGUAGAGAACUUGCUCCGUAUGGUGGAACUAUGUGAGGGAGUCAGCGAGUGUCGCCGCGCGCAUGUACUAGCUUACCUGGGAGAGCGGUACGAUAGGGCACUCUGUAAGAAGGACCCCGCCACCGCAUGCGAUAACUGUCUCAAUGCUACUGAUUAUAAGCCGGUGGACGUAACAGAAGAAUGCAAGUUGAUAGUCCGUUGUUUGCGCGAGAGCAGCGCAACUCGUUGCAGCUUCACGUUGUUACACGUUGCGGAUACACUGCGCGGCUCCAAGCAGCAACGGUUGCAGGCGCUGCAUGACUCGCCCAUGCAUGGGAAAUGCAAGUCCUGGCACCGCGGCGAUCCAAUGCGUCUCCUCCGCCAGAUGGUGGUCCGUGGACUACUAGCGGAGCGCCUCGUCGUCAACAACGACAUCGCCAGCGCGUACGUCGUGCUCGGACCUAAUGUAGACAAACUGAUGGUGGGUGGGCUCCGUAUAGUGUUCCCGAUGCGGGUGGGUACGGUCCGCGGCACGCUGCAGGUGGCGCCCGUGGCGGACACUGCGUCGCCCGUCGCCGCGCUACUGCAGCGCCUCGAGGAACGGUGCUAUGCUGACCUGGUGGAGGCUUGCCGUGAGAUGGGCAAUGCCCGCGGCGCGUCCCUAGCGGCAGUGUUACCUCAGGCGGCGCUGAAGGCGAUGGCCUCGCGGCUGCCGGAGAAGGCCGAGGACAUGUUGGCCUUACCUUACGUGACCAGGGCCAACUACCACAAGUACGGCGACCAACUGCUGCAGAUCACCAGCGCUUAUGCCAUCGAGAAAAUGGGAAUCCUCAUGGAGUACCAGGACGAAUUGGAGCAAAAUGAUAAGAAAGAGGCUGAAGAGGAAGAAGGUUCCGACUCGGACACGGACUGGAGUAGGGUAGCCAAGGAUGCGUCGAGUAUGGAUACCUCGCGGGGAUCGGGGGGCCGGAGACGUGGGGGACGGACUUAUCGAGGGGGAGUGAGGAAAAGAUUUAAGCGCAAGCCGACAUCGGCAGCGAAGAAGAAGGCAGCGCGGGGAGCAUUCGCGGGCAGAGCCAGGGGAGGGACUAGUAAGGCAUCUGCAACGACGGCCUCUACUUCUACAGGUCGACUAGGCAGUAUGCCAGUUCCUCGCGGCUCUAGCGUACAACUCAACACUCGGCCCGGAGUCUUCAACCCAUCGCGACUUAACCUCUUGUAAACUAAACACUACUAUACAAUAUUAUAAUAAUACCUUCCAAUGUAAUAAGAUAUGUUUUACAAUUGUCAAUUUGUUAUUAAUUUGUAAAUAGUUACUUUGUUACCAUGACAUUAAGUUCAAUUUACGUUGUUGUCUAAUUUAAAAGUGGCCAGUACAGUAGCUAAUGUAAACUUUAUGCUCAUUUUAGUCGAGCUUCAGAAUAAGAUAGCAAAGUAGCACUUUUUCUUAAAGUAAAGAUUUGUGCUGCGAGUAAAAGAGACGACGCUAUACAAAUCAGAAGAAUCUCUUUCUAAUACUUAGAAAUAAUAGUGUUAUUUAUUGCCGAGUAUUUAAUUAAAUUGUUUGGACUAAAAUAUGUAAAGAAUUUUGUUAUUUUAAAACAAUGAUUUGGUUUUGAUACAAUUAAAUUAGUUAAUUUAAUAAAUGAUCCAAUGUGCCUGUUCUCGAUUUAUAACGGGUGUCCCAAUAAGAACGCAAGAUUUAAAUUUGGCGGCAUUCGAAGUAUCAUUGUUUGACAUUUGAACAAGUGUUAUUUUUUGUUAGUAUAAGGUACGAGGUUAGUAAAAAUGGAGCGCUACACGAUUAAAAAUGAGCCAGGUCAAGCGCAAACAGUCAAUCAUGGUGUUCGGUAUCGUAAAAUGAUAACCAGUCUCUUCGUAGCUCGAAUUGAAGAAAUGGAUUUGGAAGGCAUAUGGUUUCCACAAGACGGCGCCACAUGUCAUACAACCAGAGAAACAAUUGAAUUGCUGCAUCAGUCAUGUCCCGGUCGUGUUAUUUUACGUUUUGGAGACCACAAUUGGCCGCCUAGAUCAUGUGAUUUAUCACCAUUAGACUUUUUUCUUUGGGGUUUCUUAAAGUCGAUGGUUUAUGCGAAUAAGCCGACGACGACUCAAGCCUUAAAAAGGAAAUUGGACGCUGUAUUAAUGAAAUACCACAGCAUUUAUGCAAAACGGUCAUUGAAAAUUUCAUUGAAAAAUCGCGUAUGUUUCAGCAAACCAGCAGCAGCCAUCUGUCCGAUGUAUGUUCCAUAGAUAACCUCAUACUCUCUACUUUACGACAUUAUAAAGCUUUCACGGUUUUUUUAAAAAUAUCUGCGUUUUAUUUUAAAUUUAAAUCUUGCGUUCUUGUUGGGACACCCUUUACUUACUGUAAAUAUAAUGUUGAAGUUUA